AUGGAGGCAUAUCAAGAGCGGGUCUCUACGACUGCCACGGCAGAUGCUACAAGGUACUUACUGCAGUAUAUUUUGUCUGCAAGAGGUAUUUGUCAUGAAAACAAUUUGAUUCUAGCCCUAAUGAAAUUGGAGACGGAUGCUUCCAAAUGGUCGACCGAGCAGUGGACUGAUAAGCUAAAUGAUCACAUAAACGCCAUUAACGUAAAAUUAAACGUUUUGGGCUAUAAGAUCAUUCGAAUCAACCACGGGAUUGGUAGAAACGCGGUGACUUUGAAGAAUAAGCAGAAUCUUUCGCUUUUCGAGAAUAAUACAACUGUACGUGAUCAUGAGGACAGUACAACAGAUCUACAGCCGAUGGUUCUACCAGAGAGUAGUCGAUUUUUUGUCUAUGUCAACUUAGCGUCCACGGAGGAGACCAGGUUAGCCUCCAGGUUUAAUCAAAACGAGAUGGAGUUCGUUAAAUGGGCCAUAGAGCAAUUCAUGAUCAACGGAGAGAUCGUCAUCGAAGGCUCAGCAUCAGAUACUUCGGUUAUCGUGAAGGAGGUCAGCCGUAUCCUCGCGGAAGCCACAGGGGACUCCAAUCUCAAGAAAUGGGUAAAGUUUAGUAGUUUUACUGUAGGGUCCACCGAUCUCCUGCAAUUUCAAGAAUUGACGGCUAUGGAGAUUGAAGAGUUACUGCUCCGAUUAUGUGAGCUAAAAUGGUUCUACAGAACUAAAAAGGGAAAGUUUGGUAUCGAUCUUCGGUGCAUAGCAGAACUAGAAGAGUACUUAACCUCCACAUACAACUUAAAUACGUGCCAGAAUUGCCAUAAGUUGGCCCUUCAAGGUGUUAGAUGCGGCAAUGAAGCGUGUCGAGAUGAAGAUGAUGAAACGGGGGAGAACUGUCCCCCUCAAAUUUGGCAUAUUGAUUGUUUUAAACAUUAUAUUACGCAUGUAAGUAAAAACUGUGAUCGUUGCGAUUCAUUGCUAGUCACAGAUGGUGUAUACGUUCUUUAA